AUGACCGUGACGGAGCUUGCUCUGCUCCAGUUCAGGGAGCCUCUGACGGAGGAGCUGAAGGAGCUUAUGGACUACUGCCAAACAGUCCAGGACACUUGGGUCCUCCGUCAGAAGCCUGGCCUCCCACCUACGCGCGUAGCCCGUGGCACUUCCAUCCUCCAGCAGGUCGAGGACCCCCGCGUGGUUCUGCUGGCGGCGCAGUGGGACUCCCCCGAGGCUCACAACGAAUGGAUUGCCUCGCCCGAGAACCAAAACGUCAUGGCCAAGCUGAGGCCGCACAUCCACAUCGACGGGCCACGGGCUGUUCUCUUCUUCCAUAUCGAUGCGCCCAUCUUCGUGGACUCGCGGACUGCUUCAGCUCAGACGGCCGAUGCGGAAACAAAUGGAGGAGAGGCGGCUGAGUCGGAGUCAAAAGAUAAGGGGCCGGAAGCCCCGGCACCAGCCGCCGCGGAAGAGAGCAAGUCGGAUGGAAAGAAGAAGGCCGAAGACGAGCCUCUCAACCUGCUGACGGCACCUGUGCUUAGUGUCGGACGCUUCGGAGUGCGGUCCGAACGUAAGGAGGAGUUCGUCAAGAAAUACGCCGAGGCCAAAUGGGUUGUCGAAGAGCACUCGAAGCCGUACCCCGUGCGUGGUGGCUGGCGCAUCGAGAAGGCGGCGGAAGGGCUUGAGGAGUUUGUCAUGUAUUGCGGCUGGUCGUCGGUGGAGCAGCACAGGGCCAUUGCACAGCACGAGGGAUUCAAAGAGUGGGCGGGCAUUCAGGAGUUUGUAACGGGGACGGACAUCUGGCACUACCAGAGGAUCAUGUAG